GCAUCAUCCUCAAGUCCCUUGUGGAGCGGGGUUUUUGUGGCUCGCUACAAAAAACAAGAAAUACCAAGUCAUCGGGUAUGCGUCGAUCGUUUGGAUUGGAUUGGAGGCCGCGGAAGGAUGCAUUGGUCUGAGGUAUCUAGAUGAUCACGCUGAAUUGUUUGGUAGAUCCCGAGCAGUGGUAGGAGGACGCGGCGGAGAAUAUUUGGGCAAAGCGCCGCGGCUCCUUGGAUCAGCUCCAGCACUCGCAGGCUGCUCGCAGGGUAGCCAUGCACGUGCCUUGAUGCCUGAUCAUCAUCAUGCGGGAAUCAGAGGGUGAUCAAAGGGCUUGGUGCGCAGAAACAGAUCUGCCGGUGGCCCUCGUGGUGACCAUAACAACCUGGCCCACGAUCACCAACCCUGGCGAGUUGGGCUCGAGUGAAGAGUCCAGGCCUGAAUCGCGCCGGAUGGCCCUGGUAUGGCGAGAUCGACAUUUUCUUCUCGUUGUCUGGCGGCGCAUUGAAGAUUGGGUGGAGCUCAAAUUUCAUGUGGCAAGCGCCUGCAAAAUCGCGACGCUCACAUGGAGCAGUAUGAACUCUACGGGACUGCGAUUGAUUGCUCAUGAAGUGAAACAGAGGUCACAGAUGACGCGAGCCCUCCUGUUCACCACUCUCACCUGACUGGCCUUUCUGCCAGCGGAUCUUCAUACAUCACGCUCAGCUUUAAAGGAGAGAUUGCCUACAACUGCUAGACUUAUCGUCCGGACCAUCUCUCCAUCGCACACAGCCUUUCUCCAUUUGCAACAAGUCAGUAGCGCUUCGCGGACAGAGUCAGGUUUCCCGAUUAGUACUAGACCUCACCAGCUAUUUUCAACCGCCCGUGCUAACACCCCCGCGCGAACUUCGACUGAGGUCAAGUCCUCGGUUAAAUGGGUCCCCCAGGGCCGAGGCCCGAUGGCCCUUGCUGCCUGCCGCCCAGGCAUCCCGUUCUUUGCGACGACCGGUGAUUUCAUCGAUGGCUGUCUGACCCCCCCACUCCGCGAUCUGGUCAUCGCAGUGCCAUAUCGGGAUUUUUGUUUGAAAACGCCACCGUACGACUUCUCCCGGACGGAGGUCAGGUCAGGUCACUCUGCUGGAUGGCAUCUUCUCGCUUUGCAAGGCCCGCCCGGGGACACAUGAUAGAUACUCUACCAGCCGUGCGCCGUUUUUUCAUAUAAAUCUGCGAUAGCUGGGGACUCAAAUUAUCUACCACUAUGCUGUCCGCGUUCUUCCUUGCCACCACAAUCCUACUGCCCGUCUCUGUCCUCGCCGCGUCGUACUCCCGCACGCAGAAUAUUGUUGGGACGGGAUUCUACGAUGCGUUCGACUUUGAGGCGAUCCCGGAUCCCACCCACGGUCGAGUGAACUACGUCAGCGAAGCCACUGCGCGGGCGUUGAAUCUGACGUAUGCAUCCGGGAACACCUUCAUUUUACGGGCGGACUCGACGACGGUCAUUAACGAUGCAAGCCCCGUUGGACGGAACUCGGUCCGGAUCAUCUCGAAGAGCUCGUAUUCGACGCAUGUCGCGGUGUUCGACGUCGUCCAUAUGCCUCAAGGAUGCGGAACGUGGCCAGCAAUCUGGGAGACAGAUGCGACAAAUUGGCCGCGCGGGGGCGAGGUAGACAUCUUGGAAGGUGUAAAUGACCAGGGACCCGACACCGUUACUUUGCACACUUCGCCAGGAUGCACGAUGCCCGGAGCGCGGGUUCAAUCCGGAACCGCUCUGCAGCUAGACUGCAACACAGCUGUGAAUGCGAACUCAGGCUGCGGCGUGAGCGUCGGGCAAUCGCUCAGCUACGGCCCUGCGUUCAACGCCAACGGCGGGGGGUGGUACGCGAUCGAGCGGACGACGGCUUUCAUCAGCGUCUGGUUCUGGCCACGCGGCGCAGGCAACGUUCCCUCCGACGUGCGCAACGGUAGGGGCACUGUGGUGACGGAUAACUGGGGCAUCCCGGUUGCCAGCUUCCCGAAUACGGACUGCAACUUCCCCCAGUUCUUCGAUGCGAACAACAUCAUCAUCAACCUCACGCUCUGUGGCGAUUGGGCCGGAAAUGCCAAUGUCUAUGCGGCCUCCGGGUGUCCCGCCACGUGCUCAAGCUUCGUUAAUGCGAACCCAGCGGCCUUCGCGCAGGCGUACUUCCAAUUCAACGCGAUCAAUAUCUACGCUUGAACCCGACCGACUCAGCCGAUUUUAAUCCACCCUCUCUCGUGAUCGACAGGACUAGGAAACACGUUUCCAGACUUUCACGCAGAGAUGACCGAUCGAGACCGGAAAUUCUAAUACUGCAUACAUACAUACUGUCUUGUAAUUGUAGCACAGAAUCACGAAUAAUCGAUGCAGCCGAUAGCGUAC